GUUAAUUAUAGUUAUUCAAUAAGUCAAACUUUCUUCUAUUUUUAUACCUACUUAUGUACAUGUGUCUAGUAAAAAAGCAAGAAAUUUUUUUUAUGAAAUUAAUUUCAAUAUAGAUUGAUCUAUUAUUAAAAAAAUAAUCAAGAGGUUAUGUUUGUUAUAAAGAAAGCCUUAGAAAAGAUUAUACGCAUAAAAAGGAUGUGUUGUGAAUAUCAGUGAUAUUUUUACAUCAUGGAAAUUUGUAUUGAUUCUAUAGAAUCUGCAAAAAAUGCGAUUAGAGGUGGUGCAACUCGAUUAGAAGCGUGUUCAGCUUUAUCUGAAGAUGGUUUAACACCAACUCCUGGAUUAAUUCGAUUCAUUAAACAAUUCUCCAAUGUUCCAGUUUAUGCAAUGAUACGAAUACGAUCAGGAAAUUUUAUUUAUACCCAUGAAGAAAAGCAAGCAAUGUUAUAUGACCUAGCCAUACUGAAAGAUGCUGGAGCAGAUGGCUUUGUUUUUGGUGCUUUAAACCAAGAUAAAACUAUUAAUUAUGAGUCUUGCCGGGAGAUUAUUUCUGCAGUAGGUCCUGAAAAACAUGUUACAUUUCAUCGUGCUUUUGAUGAGGUUAAAGAUCCCAUUCAAGCACUUGAAGAAUUGGUCAAGCUUGGCUUUGAGAGAGUUUUGACAUCGGGACAAAAGAAAAUAGCUUUAGAAGGUCUUCCCCUUAUUACUGACUUAAUAAAACACGCUAAGAAUCGUAUUAUUGUAAUGCCCGGAAGCGGAAUCAAUCCUGAAAAUAUUGCUUUCAUAAAAAACACUUGUAAAGCAAAGGAAUUUCAUGCUUCAGCUAGAAUUCGCAUAGCUAUGGAGAAUGAAACUUUGAAAGCAAAUAAAAUUGAUGAUCUGAAUCUUCAUUACAUUAACGUUGCUUCAGAAGAGUUAGUUAGGAAAAUGGUUGAUAUAAUUAAUUCUUAAAUUUUUAUUAACGCACUUUUUAUAACAUAUAAUCAAUUUUAUUAUUACUAUUCAAUAUCAAUAAAAAUUGUUAUAAUUAUAUUUAAUAUGAA